CACCAACUUCCCCGCGAUCAAGUCUCAAGACUGAUUUUCACAACAGUACAACAGUAUCCAUGAGUAAACUUUAGUGUUAAUUCCUUUUCCGACUUGACCCAAGUUCUAACAUCAAAGUAGCAUUCUCGCAACGCUGAUCCGAUCGGAGGACAUAUUUCCACCACUCAGGGGCGAUUUCAGGGGUGGCCUUGGCGCGAUCUCUUGGCCAAGACGGAUAAAAUCACCACCACCAUGUCUUGAAGGAGGUCUCACGCUGCAAGCCAUCGUGUUUUUCUAAGCAGGGUUCCCCGCUGGGAUGGUAACCCAUUGAGCUUAUUCACCGUCAUGUCACGUCAUGACAACACUGGCCCUUUACUAUAAGAGCUUAAGCAAUCACCGCAAUUUACACAGGGCUGGUCGCUCACGACUAGUUUGAGACAUCACCCACACAAUGCGGUUCAACCUUCUCUUACUGUUUGCUCCCUUAUCACGGGCUCUCCCCCUCCUCCCCACCUCCCUCUUCGGCCUCGCCUCCUGGGACGUGGAAGGCUUCGCGAGAGAUAACCCCCUCGGCCCUACCACCGGCGGCAAAGGCGGUCCCACUGUCACCGUGUCCACCGUCGCAGACUUCAAAGCAGCAGUCACCGGUGAUGAACCAAAGAUUGUCCUCGUCAGUGGAGAACUAAACUUCCCUUCGAGGCCCAAAAUCGGGUCCAACAAGUCAGUGAUCGGGGUGGGCAAAACAGCGCAGAUAACCGGGUCAGGGUUGGAUAUCGUCAACGCGACGAAUGUGAUUAUCCAGAAUCUGAAGAUUAGUUUUAUUCUGGAUAACGACUGCAUCACGAUAAGAAACUCGACGAGGGUGUGGGUGGACCACAACGAGUUUACGAGCGAUAUCUCCAAGGGGCCAGAUGAAUACGACGGCCAGGUUGACAUCAUCCGCGGCUCCGACUGGAUCACCGUCUCGUGGAACUACUUCCACGACCACUGGAAGUCCUCCCUCGUCGGCAACGACGCUAACUUCCGUGACAUUGACUUUGGCCACCUGCACAUCACCUACCACCACAACCACUGGCGCAACGAGGGGACUCGCGGUCCGGCCGGACGGUUUGGUCAUCAGCACGUCUACAACAACUUGUAUGAGGACUUUUUGUACCAGGCUAUCCACUCGAGGUCGGAUAACCAGGUGCUGGUGGAGGGGAAUGUCUUUAGGGGUAAGACGAGGGAGGCGUUGAGUACGUAUGGGUUGGUGAUCCCGGAGGAUUCGCCAAACACGUGUGUUUGUGGGGAUGAGGAGCUGGAUGGGUUUGCGAAUUUAGGGGCCAGAAACGACUGGGGCGGGGCAACGGUCAACAUCACGCAGGUGGGAGACUUUGUGAAGGCGCCGUACAAGUACAAGUUGACGCCGCUGCUGUUGGUGUCUCCGUUGGUGAAGUUUGGCGCGGGAGUAGGGAAGAUCUGAGUGAAGUCGCAGUAAUAUCAAGUCAUUUGAGGAUACAAUGGGGAAGAAAAGCUGAUAUUUUGCCUCGCCUGUGCUUGGCCGCCACUUCAGCCCGAUGUAACCACCUCCCGGCAGGAGACAAACGGAAUACCAAGCAUGUUGUGAUUUGUUCAUGGGGAUCAUUCAUGGUCAUGAAAAUUCAAAACAUGCAGCCUCCCACCUAUGAGGAGCUGGGGUUGUUGUUGUUGAUGAAAAGCAUGAAGAGCAAGGCAAUGAAUAGCAAGUUGGACCCGAGUUCUCGGCCUUUACAUGAGUUAACAUUUGCCUGUAAUCGAGACGAGGCGGUAGGAAAACAGAGAGAAUACAAGCCUGGCAUGACUGCUCAUCUGCAGUGUCGAAGGACAUUUGCCAAUCAAGCCAGCCGGCAGGGUGAGG